AUGAUCGACAUCUCGCUGGCGCACGAGUUGGCGCGCGCUCGGCUUGUCGAAAUUCCGAUGAUAAGAGAAAAGUUGGAGAGGAUCAUGCAGGUCCAGCUAGAGUUUCAGGCCUUGGUCAACGAGCACGAAGAGCGCAGUUAUGAGCUGCUGAACAUUGUUAUCGAAGAAGUCUUAGGAACUGCUAACACGGAGUCACUCUCGUUUGAUAUGCUACUGGAGAUAUUGGUUAAAGUGCUUAUUAGCUAA